AUGACUUCCAUCACAAAUUGUGAUGAUCAGAUUAAUGCUUCUUUGAUUUUAGCUAAGGUAACCACAUCUUAUGCCUUCAAUUCAAAAGAUAAAGUAAGUAUAUCAUCCGAUUCGUCUCCAGAAAAUGAUCAAGAUUUAAAAUUACCAAAAGUUGAAGUAAAUACAUCUACCAAAGAUACUGAGGAUGAAGAUGAUAAUAAGGAAUCUUCCGAUGAUGAUAACUCCGAUGAUGAGGGUUCCUUCAAUAACAACAAAGAUGAUGGAGAGUUCUGUGGUUUUUCUGAUGAUGAUAAUGAAGGAUAUUAUUACAAUUUAAAUACUGGCGAAAUUCAUAGAAAAUCGGAUCAUUUAAUUAGCGCAUUUUAA